CGGCCCGCGGCGCGCGCCAGCCGCAAUGGUGCGGGUGCGGGGGCUUCGUGAUUACAGCGUGUUCUUCAGCUCCGGGUUGAAGCCGGAGCCGGAGCCGGAUUCCGCGCCGAGGGCCACGUCAACCUAAACCUACACCGCCCUCCCCACCCUGUUCGGCCCGCAGGUCCUUAGGCGAAUCCUCCCAGGCAGCGGCCUCCACGCCUUUCCCACAAUGCCCCGCGCCAGGCCCCGCCCCGCCUCGCCUAGGAGACCGCCGCGCGAGGCGCAGACCGGAGCCGGCCGCGCUGCUAGCUGCCGGUGUGGCUGGUCCAGCCCCAUCCCGGGCGCGGCGGCGCAGCGGUCAGAGAGUACGUGCUUCUCUCCGGAACGCAUAGGUUGUGUUUGGCCGUGUGGGGUCCGCCCCCGGGGAUUGAGGAUGGGGAAGUAGCUGCAGGAGACGACCCCGCAACACUGAGGUUUUUUUGGUGACGUGAAAAGGAAGGAUUAGAAAUGAAUCGAAAACCGUUCACAGAUUAACAUUUGGGGAGACAAUUUAUGAUGCCUGUUUCACUUUUGGAGUAAUGUGGACAGAAGUUCUCAAAUUUGCAUAUUACAUCAACUGGAACCAGUGGCCUUAUCUUAAUGUUUAUUUAAAUCAGAACUUGUACAAGAAAAACAAUGGGAAUCUGGUUAAAUAAAGAUGACUAUGUCAGAGACUUGAAAAGGGUCAUGCUCUUUUUUCUAAUAAUGUAUAUGGCCAUUUUAGUGGGUACAGAUCAGGAUUUUUACAGUUUACUUGGAGUAUCCAAAACUGCAAGCAAUAGAGAAAUAAGACAAGCUUUCAAGAAAUUGGCAUUGAAGCUACAUCCUGAUAAAAACCCGAAUAACCCAAAUGCACAUAGUGAUUUUUUGAAAAUAAAUAGAGCAUAUGAAGUACUCAAAGAUGAAGAUCUGCGGAAAAAAUACGACAAAUAUGGAGAAAAGGGACUUGCAGAUAAUCAAGGAGGCCAGUAUGAAAGCUGGAAUUACUACCGUUAUGAUUUUGGUAUUUAUGAUGAUGAUCCUGAAAUCAUAACAUUGGAUAGAAGAGAAUUUGAUGCUGCUGUUAAUUCUGGAGAACUGUGGUUUGUGAACUUUUACUCCCCAGGGUGUUCACACUGCCAUGAUUUAGCUCCCACAUGGAGAGACUUUGCAAAGGAAGUAGAUGGAUUGCUUCGAAUUGGAGCAGUUAACUGUGGCGAUGAUAGAAUGCUUUGCCGAAUGAAAGGAGUCAACAGUUAUCCCAGCCUCUUCAUUUUUAGGUCUGGAAUGGCUGCAGUGAAAUACCAUGGUGACAGAUCAAAGGAAAGUUUAAUGAAUUUUGCCAUGCAGCAUGUUACAAGCACAGUGACAGAAUUGUGGACAGGAAAUUUUGUUAACUCGAUACAAACUGCAUUUGCUGCUGGUAUUGGCUGGCUGAUCACUUUUUGUUCCGAAGGAAGCGAUUGUUUGACCUCACAGACACGUCUCAGGUUAAGUGGUAUGUUGGAUGGUCUUGUUAAUGUAGGAUGGGUGGACUGUGCCACCCAGGACAACCUUUGUAAGAGUUUGGAUAUUACAACAAGUACUACUGCCUAUUUUCCUCCUGGAGCCACUUUAAAUAACAAAGAGAAAAGCGGUGUUUUGUUUCUUAAUUCAUUGGAUGCUAAAGAAAUUUAUUUGGAAAUAAUGCAUAAUCUUCCAGAUUUUGAACUCCUUUCAGCAAAUACACUACAGGAUCGUUUAGCUCAUCAUCGGUGGCUCUUGUUUUUUCACUUUGGACAAAAUGAAAAUUCAGAUGAUCCUGAGUUGAAGAAACUAAAAACUCUACUUAAAAAUGAACAUAUUCAAGUUGGCAAGUUUGACUGUUCCUCCGCGCCAGACGUCUGUAGUAACUUCUAUGUUUCUCAGCCAUGUCUGGCAGUAUUUAAAGGACAAGGAACCAAAGAAUUUGAAAUUCAUCAUGGAAAGAAGAUUCUAUAUGACAUACUUGCCUUUGCCAAGGAAAGUGUCAAUUCUCAUGUUACCACACUUGGACCUCAGAAUUUUCCUGCCAAUGAAAAAGAACCAUGGCUAGUUGAUUUUUUUGCCCCUUGGUGUCCACCAUGUCGAGCUUUAUUGCCAGAGCUGCGAAAAGCAUCAAAGCAUCUUUAUGGUCAGCUUAAGUUCGGUACAUUAGAUUGUACAGUUCACGAAGGACUCUGUAACAUGUAUAACAUUCAGGCUUAUCCAACAACAGUGGUAUUCAACCAGUCCAACAUUCAUGAAUAUGAAGGACAUCACUCUGCUGAACAGAUCUUGGAGUUCGUAGAGGAUCUUAUGAAUCCUUCUGUGAUCUCUUUGACACCUACCACUUUCAACGAACUGGUUAAACAAAGAAAGCAUGAUGAAGUCUGGAUGGUUGAUUUCUAUUCUCCAUGGUGUCAUCCAUGUCAGGUCUUAAUGCCAGAAUGGAAAAGAAUGGCCCGGACAUUAAUUGGACUGAUCAAUGUGGGCAGUAUAGACUGCCAACAAUAUCAUUCUUUUUGUGCCCAAGAAAAUGUUCGGAGAUACCCUGAGAUAAGAUUUUUUCCCCAAAAAUCAAAUAAAGCUUAUGAAUAUCACAGUUACAAUGGUUGGAAUAGAGAUGCUUAUUCCCUAAGAAUCUGGGGUCUAGGAUUUUUACCUCAAGCAUCUAUAGAUCUAACACCUCAGACUUUCAAUGAAAAGGUUUUACAAGGGAAAAACCAUUGGGUGGUUGAUUUCUAUGCUCCUUGGUGUGGACCUUGCCAGAACUUUGCUCCAGAGUUUGAGCUCUUGGCUAGGACGAUUAAAGGAAAAGUGAAAGCUGGAAAAGUAGACUGUCAGGCUUAUGCUCAGACCUGCCAGAAAGCUGGUAUCAGAGCCUAUCCGACUGUGAGAUUGUAUCCUUAUGAAAGGACAAAGAGAAAUACUUGGGGAGAGCAAAUAGAUUCCAGAGAUGCAAAAGAGAUUGCUACCUUAAUAUAUGAAAAAUUGGAAAAGCUCCAAAAUCAUGAAAAGAGAGAUAAGGACGAACUUUAGUGAUGAAAAUGAAGAAAAACUUGAAAAGAAAUCGGCAGAUGACAUCAGAAGAUACCUUUUCGGAAAGUUACUUAUAUUCAUGAUGGGAAUAAAUGAAACUUAUCUUAGA